GUAAUGCAUUACGGAAAAGUUUGUGCGGUGGCCCUUAGCGAACGAACACCGAACGCGAACGUCUUGUGAAACUUCUUGAACGUUUUUCUCGCACGAAAUGUCUUUGAUGUACCACCUCAUGAGGAGAUCGAGCCGAAUGCGAAUCGAACGUUCUGUUCGCAUUCGCUUUGGCGUAUAUAUCUGCUGAAUGAUAACAACGAACGUUCGCAUUCGCUGUUCGUUCGCUAAGUUCUGGCCGUAUUGACCCUCGACCGAGGACAGGUGCCAUUUAAGAAAAAAGAAGAAGAAGCACUACAGAUUUCAUUUUUAUUUUUUCUACUGGCUUUAUUCGAUGUUGAAUAUUUAUCAGAUAAAGUUAAUGUUCAGCUAAGUUCGAAUAUUCCUCGUUCAAUAUUAUUCAAGGAUUUUGUACAAAUAUAAUGGCUACAAAUAACGAAAUAACUACAGAUACACUUUGGAAAGAAAUGGAGAGUCUUGCUGUUGAACAACAACAACGCUUCUAUGAAUUACUUCCUGAUUGCAUAGAAUAUAAAUUUGACGAACAUAAAUACCUACGACAAAAUAUUGGUUAUGCAAUUUAUGGAUUACCAAUCAGCAAUUCAAGUAUAACAGAAAACAUUAGUUGCUACUGGAAACCAGAAGAUUCAAAUGAUACAAAUGCAGAUAUAGCCGAUACAGUGAAUUAUGAUGAAAAAGCUAGAAGUGUCAUAGAUAUAAUAUAUAAUAAAAUACAUGAAUGUACAAUAGGAAAUAAUAAUACUCAACCAAUUUACUUUGGUAUAAUUUACAAUAUAAUAUUUCGUCCUAAGAUGAAUGUAGGACUGAAGAAAAAAGAAGUAAAAAAGAAAAAAACAGAAGAAUCAGUAAAAGAAGAAGAAAAAGAGUCUGCAGUAUUACCUAUCCCCAUUUUUAAAGUUAGGAGAAAUAUUCAGAAGAAAUCUGACAAUGUAAAGAGAUCAGAACAAAAAGAAAACACAAAAAUGGAAGUUGAAGCAGAUUAUGGGAUAUGGUACAUUGAUAUUUGUGGCAGAGUGUAUAAAAGUUGGGCAGAUUAUAUAGAAAAUAAUAAUUUACCAGAAUGCACUAUGGUUGUUCCCAAAGAUGGCUUUUAUCAAGCAAAUUUAUCUUAUCCAAUAACAGAAGACUAUUCAACAGUUUGGCUUGAAGUCAUAAAUUCUCCCGCAUGCACGUGGACAACAAGAAUCUGCAGUGGAAUGGAUGUUAUUUCUAGUAUUACCGGAUUUGGCACAGCUGGCUUAUGUGUUGCAUCAUUGUUCACAUCUCUUGCACCAGCUGCUGUUAUAACAGGUCUUGUUGCUAAUGGUGCAAGUAGUAUUUGGACAGUCGCCCGAUCUUCUCAGCAAUUGGCAGACCGUAAAAGUCACAAGGAAUCUAUUGAUAUUUUGAAUAAAGAUGCAUUACCUCAUUGGAUUGGCAUAACUGGUACAAUAUUUGGUUUAGGAAUAGUUGGAGGAUCAGCUGCUCUAUCCAAAGCUGCUGCAAAUGCUAAAACGGUACCCACUUUUGCAAAAGUGGCAUUUAAUACUGUACAAGGUGGCACUCUAUUCUUGAAUGGCGCUGGUAUCAUAUAUCAGGGUUACAAUAUGAUAGAUAAAUAUAUGACAGACAAGACUAUCGAUAAGAUAGAUGCGUUAUAUAUGGCAAUACAUAUUAUGUUUUUCACCGGCGCCGUAGUAAAGAUUCAAUUCGCCAACGAUAUCAUUGAGAGCACCCAAGGUAAAAUCAUCAAUGAUUACAAAGAUGCUUUGCGUGAGAAAAAUCUCCGCAAGGAGUUUAAUCGCAUUGCGCAAAGAGCUGCCGAGAAUAAUGCAUGUAAAAUAUCCGAGAAUGCGGAAGUGAUAAAAUAUAUAAAACAUCAUGAACAGAUAUUAUCUGUUAAGCUGCCUGUUAACCAGUCUGUUACUCAUGAUCAAAUAUUAGACAAAGCUCCACAUAAUAUGGUAUGGUCAUUUGAACAGGGUAAACUAAAAUUAAUUGGUUUUACAUUGUUAGAUCCUAUUGAAUAUGUUGUUCGUCUUAUGAAAUCGGAUAUAUUUAAUGAAAACUAUAAAAACAAUCCAUCUGGUUCCAAGAACUAUGUUGAUGAUUCUACCACUGAUCAGUUAAGAAAAGUAUUUUGUGAUUUAUUAGACAAGUUCUAUCUGAGCGAUGCUUGUCCCAAGAGCAUGAAUCUUCCAUUAAUUCCUGACUUUGAACCACUUUUUAAAGAUAUGAGUCAUAUGAAAAUUGAUGAAGAAUGUCUGAAAAAACUGUUUAAAAUCGUUGAAAAGUUAAUGAAACGUUCUAGAAAUAAAGAAGAUUUUUUACUCAUGGCUUUUGCCUUUGUCUGGCAGUAUAGUAAAGCAAAUUUGAAGCAAUGGAAAAUGGACUUGCAUGAUCGCAUGCAGAGCAAUUUAGACUCCAACAUUUUGCAGAAAAUUAUUAUCGCUGUUUCUGAAGCAAUCGAUAUGAUACUUAAUAAUCUUUGUAGUGCCUUUGCGGAAUAUGUACAAGUUAAUUUAUGCAAAUAAAUCGAUUAUAUUCUAAUAUGGAAAACGAAAAUUAGAAAUAAUGCGUGAUAUAACCUUGUAGAAACAAGUCAAUAAUUUUAGAGAAAUAUAUUGCAUCAAUUGAUAAG